AUGGCUGCCGUGCCACCGACUUCAACCUGCAGCUGGGUGGGUCAGUUGUGACGUCGACGCUUGCAACUGCAUUCGUUCGGAUGCGAUUACCUAACGUGCCCCUACGUGCCCCGGCACGUGACGUCGAUUGCUGCGAAUUGAUUGGCGCACAAGAAUAGCGCGUCACGACGGGCUUCGUUAUGGGCGACGACCGCAGCAGCUACGUCCCCAAGGCGGCGACGGACGCCGGUCCGCAGACGUACUUCGUCGAGCCGACGGCCUUUCCAACGCGACGCCCAGCGCCGGCCGUCACUCGCGUCGGCCAUGCGCGCUACGGCCGCGAGUUUUGCCGCGCCCAGCGCAAGUCGUCAAACGCGACGCUGCCUCGGACGCGGUCGCUGAGCUUGGUGGUGAGCCCGACCAAGGCGCUUCUGCCUACGCGGUCGUCGGCGUCGCUGCAGCCGUCCCAUGACGACAGCGCCAAGUGGCGUGUACUCGGAAACCAUCUCUGGGACGAGAAGUGCAAGGCCCUCGCGAGUCAGCUCGAGACGCUCACGCUUAGCGGGGCCGCGACGUGCGCCAGCGAAGGCAGUGGUCGGUCGUCGCUCUCGGUGAGCCAACUGGGCAAUCUCGAUGCGUUUGUCAACGGGUACCUGCCCGUGCCGCGCCUCUCCUUGUCCACAGCGACUGCGCCGGCGUGUCCGUUCCGCCUCAGUCCCGCACGGCGCGCUUCGACGUGGCGGCAAUGGCGGCAGUACCCAACGACGAAGCGCCUGCCGCAGCUGCUGCCCACCGUCUCGUACGACGAGCUGCUGCAGCAAACAAGUUAUACGCGCGCAUUACAGCUCAAACUUAAACGCGAGCGUGAACACAAAUGAAAGCAAAAAGAGCAAGAGCGGUAGCGCCAUCGUGUUGGACGAUCCUAUGCACAAGUUGUCAGUUAGCGUGACGACUUCAAAACCAAUCGUGUACCCAACGACGACAGCGUGGCCGAGUUGUACUCUUCGACGACAAACUGCCCGGCGUUGAUAAACUGCAUGAGGAGCGCGGCAUAGAUGCCGUUGUUGUUGAACUUGCGCG